UCUUGGAGGGAAGUAGUAGUGCAACAGCCUCGAAGCUAGUCCAAACUAGUGGUAGGUUGUCUGCAUAGGAGUGUUGAUCAGAUUGAAGUGAUGGCUCGUGGUAGAGUUCAGAUGAAGCGCAUUGAGAACCCGGUGCACAGGCAGGUUACCUUCUGCAAGCGACGAGCUGGCCUUCUUAAGAAGGCUAAGGAGUUAUCUGUGCUGUGCGAUGCUGAAAUUGGAGUUCUCAUUUUCUCCGCCCAUGGGAAGCUCUACGAACUAGCCACCAAAGGGACCGUGCAAGAGCUUAUUGAGAGGUAUAACAAGUACAAUGGAGGAAAUCAGCCUGCUGAAGUGAUUGUGGAACCUAUGGAUGCAAAAAAGGAGAUUGACAUGCUGAAGCAAGAGAUUCAAAUACUUCAGAAAGGUCUAAGGUAUAUGUUUGGAGGGGGAUCUGAAAUUAUGACAUUAGAUGAACUGCUUGUUCUUGAAAAGCAUUUGGAAAUUUGGAUCUAUCAUAUUCGAUCGGCAAAGAUGGACAUUAUGUUUCAAGAAAUUCAGAUGCUAAGAAACAAGGAAGGGAUACUGAAAGCUGCAAAUAAAUAUCUUCAAGAUACGAUAGAGGAGAAUAUCGGCAACACUGACUUUACUACAAUCACCACUAAUAUGCCACAUCCACUAACCAUAGCAAAUAAUAUUAUAUUUUGAGUUUAGGAUUUUAUCUAUCAUUAUAUUAUAUAUUAAUCAUAGAGUUAUUUGUACUGUAUAAAAGUUAUGCACUAGAUAAAUAUUCAAGAAGUCUUCUUGAUGCUAUGGAUAACGUGUGGACAGAAGCGAAGCUAGGAAUAUUGAAAAGGGGAGCAAAUAAUAAAUUCAAGAGAGAAAAGAGGGUCAGAUAUAAUAUUUAGCCAGAUUAAUUACAAUUUUAUAAAAGGGUUCAAAAUUUGGGGGCACCAUGGCCCUUGUCUGCUCCCUUGGCUAUGCUCCUCAAUGUAGAACUUAAUUAA